AUGAGAACGGCAAUAUUAUCAAGCGUGGUGCAUUUGGCCUCGGCGAGACAAAAAAUUACUGCUAAAAAAGAAGUGAAAGCGUGUUACAGUUGUAAAGGUGCUGCGAAUUGUGAACCAGACAAAUUACAAGGUCAAGAACUGCGAACAUCCGGUGCCUUUGGUGGAAAAACUCUGUAUUGUUAUUCGAGAUUUGAUCCUAAAACGGGCAAAGUUGUGCGUCGUGGUGGUUUUGGAUUUGGUGAACUGUUUGAUAAAAAUUUGAAAUGUGAUUCCAAAUUUUAUUUAUGCUGUUAUGAAAAUCUAUGUAAUACUCAAACAGCUGGAUAUUGUGCUGCUUAA